AUGUGUGACAAAAAAGACAUUGUAGCCUUUGGAGCUCGGUUUUUGCCAGUCUUCUAUUACCUGGUGUUUCUUUUAAGCAUGUUGGGCAACGGAUUGGUCCUGUUCAUUCUAUUUAAGUAUGAGAAACUGGCAAAUGUAACCAACAUAUUAAUUUUGAGCCUGGUUGUCUCUAAUUUAGUCUUCAUCUCUUCCCUUCCUUUCUGGGCAACCUACCAUUCAUCUGAGUGGAUCUUUGGAAGCACAAUGUGUAAACUGCCGAGCACCAUAUAUUUUAUUGGUUUCUACAGUUCCAUCUUGUUCCUGACACUAAUGACUAUCGACAGGUACCUAUCUGUGGUCCAUGCUAUAUCUGCGGCAAAGACCAGGCGGAGACACUAUGCUUUAAUUUCAAGCACAGUGGUUUGGUGUGUCAGUAUUGCAGCAACGAUACCUGAGUUUAUUCUCCAUGAUGUCAGAGAGGACAAUGAAUCCAGUCUUUUGUGUGAAGACACUGGCUAUUCUAAUGAUAUUAUGAAGAGAUGGAAACAGCUGGGUUUUUACAAGCAAAUUGUAAUAUUUUUCUUACUUCCUUUAAUUGUUGUUUUGUUUUGCUAUACCAGAAUAGUCACCACAAUUAUCAAAACUAGAAUGCAACAAAAGUGCUGGGCACUGAAACUCAUAUUUAUCAUUGUAGUGAUAUUCUUCCUGUGCUGGACACCUUAUAAUGUAGUGAUAUUCUUAGAGUCUUUGCAAAACCUAGAGUCUUCCACAGAUGACACUUGCAAUAACAGUCUUGACUAUGCAUCUUAUAUAUGUCGCAAUUUAGCCUAUUUACACUGCUGUGUAAAUCCUGUAUUUUUCACAUUUGUUGGUAGAAAAUUCCAGGAUCAUUUAACUAAAUUUCUGCGGAAGGAGAUUCCAUGCAUUGGGUCUCAGCCUCAGAGCAGUUUUAGUGGUAGGUCAAGUGAUCACAGAAGCCCUCAUACCAUUUAUGAAUAA